GGGCGCGUGCGCGGCGUCUAGACGGCUGCGCGCCUGCGCGAGAGCGGGCAGCGAGUGCGCGCGCGGCGGGGGCGGGCUCUUCAGAGCGCCGGGCUGCAGCGGCGGAGCCGGACGUGUCCGCGAAGAUGGCGGGCCGGAGUAUGCAAGCUGCAAGAUGUCCUACAGAUGAAUUAUCUUUAACUAACUGUGCAGUUGUGAAUGAAAAGGAUUUCCAGUCUGGCCAGCACGUGAUGGUUAGGACCUCCCCCAACCACAGGUACACGUUUACACUGAGGACCCACCCAUCUGUGGUUCCAGGGAGCAUUGCAUUCAGCUUACCUCAGCGUAAAUGGGCUGGACUUUCUAUUGGGCAAGAAAUAGAAGUGUUCUUAUAUACAUUUGACAAAGCCAAACAAUGUAUUGGCACAAUGACCAUCGAAAUUGAUUUCCUGCAGAAAAAAAGUAUCGACUCUAACCCUUAUGAUACUGACAAGAUGGCCGCAGAAUUUAUUCAGCAGUUCAACAACCAGGCAUUCUCAGUGGGACAACAGCUUGUGUUUAGCUUCAAUGAAAAGCUUUUUGGCUUACUGGUAAAAGACAUUGAAGCCAUGGAUCCUAGCAUCCUGAAGGGAGAGCCUGCGACAGGUAAAAGACAAAAGAUUGAAGUAGGACUGGUUGUUGGAAACAGUCAAGUUGCAUUUGAAAAAGCAGAAAAUUCAUCACUCAAUCUUAUUGGCAAAGCUAAAACCAAGGAAAAUCGCCAGUCUAUUAUCAAUCCUGACUGGAACUUUGAAAAAAUGGGAAUAGGAGGUCUGGACAAGGAAUUCUCAGAUAUUUUUCGACGAGCGUUUGCUUCCCGGGUAUUUCCUCCAGAGAUUGUGGAGCAGAUGGGUUGCAAACAUGUUAAAGGCAUCCUGUUAUAUGGGCCUCCAGGUUGUGGUAAGACUCUCUUGGCUCGACAGAUUGGCAAGAUGUUGAAUGCAAGAGAGCCUAAAGUGGUCAAUGGGCCGGAAAUCCUCAACAAAUAUGUGGGAGAAUCAGAGGCUAACAUUCGUAAACUCUUUGCUGAUGCUGAAGAGGAGCAAAGGAGGCUUGGUGCUAACAGUGGUUUGCACAUCAUCAUCUUUGAUGAAAUUGAUGCCAUCUGCAAACAGAGAGGGAGCAUGGCUGGUAGCACAGGAGUUCAUGACACUGUCGUCAACCAGUUGCUGUCCAAAAUUGAUGGGGUAGAGCAACUAAACAACAUCUUAGUCAUUGGAAUGACCAACAGACCAGAUCUCAUAGAUGAGGCUCUCCUUCGACCUGGAAGACUGGAAGUUAAAAUGGAGAUAGGCUUACCAGAUGAGAAAGGCCGACUCCAGAUCCUUCACAUCCACACAGCAAGGAUGAGAGGGCAUCAGUUGCUCUCUGCUGAUGUAGACAUAAAAGAACUGGCCAUAGAGACCAAGAACUUCAGCGGUGCUGAGCUCGAGGGUCUGGUGCGAGCAGCGCAGUCCACUGCUAUGAACAGACACAUAAAGGCCAGUACUAAAGUGGAAGUGGACAUGGAGAAAGCAGAGAGCCUGCAGGUGACAAGAGGAGACUUCCUUGCUUCUUUGGAGAAUGAUAUCAAACCAGCAUUUGGCACAAACCAAGAGGAUUAUGCAAGUUACAUUAUGAAUGGUAUCAUCAAAUGGGGUGAUCCAGUUACUCGAGUUCUAGAAGAUGGGGAGCUGCUGGUCCAACAGACUAAAAACAGUGACCGCACACCAUUGGUUAGCGUCCUUCUGGAAGGUCCUCCUCACAGUGGGAAGACUGCUUUGGCUGCAAAGAUCGCAGAGGAAUCCAACUUCCCCUUCAUCAAGAUCUGUUCUCCUGAUAAGAUGAUUGGCUUUUCUGAGACAGCCAAGUGUCAGGCCAUGAAGAAGAUCUUUGAUGAUGCAUAUAAAUCCCAGCUCAGUUGUGUGGUUGUGGAUGACAUUGAGAGACUGCUUGAUUAUGUCCCUAUUGGCCCUCGAUUUUCUAAUCUGGUAUUACAGGCUCUUCUUGUGUUACUGAAAAAGGCGCCUCCUCAGGAGAAGAGAUCGAGGGGGGAUAGAAAAAUUGAAAAGGGCUGUCCCAGCAGGGAGCCACGCCGCAGAAAAGGGCUGCUCUGAGAACUCAGCAGCAGUAGCUAAGAAAGCUCCCAGCCUGCUUCAUCUACAUGCAGAGUCACACAAGGCAUGGGGGUGCUCACCAUCACCACAGAGGUUUCACAUGUGCUUCCCUGCUGAUUCUUGUGAAAAGCUAACAAUUGGCUUGGAGGGUAAAAGACCACUGCAGUUCACCCUCCCUGAGCUGGACGUACAAUUUGUCCAGUGUUAGGAAAUGUCCGGCUUAGCAGUGAGAGGCUUGAAGACACCCCUCCUUCCAGUGAGAUUCCUAAAGCCGGCUCUUUUGCUUGAUGACACUGGGGCUCUUUUCAAGCUUUGCAGAUUUAUGGAAGUCGAAGGGAAUGUGCCUUUCAGGAUCAGGAGGAUGAAAGCCUUAGUCUUCGUGUCAAGGAAGAGGCAGUAGUAAUGCAGUAAGGCCAGGUAAAUCUUCCUGCAAACUGCAGCACCAGCGGCUUUAUGAUUUUCCUCAUAGGUCUCUUCUGGCACCUUCUUUUUUUUUCUUUUUGGGAGACAAAGUGCCUGAAAAGGAACUCCUCAGCUGUAAAAUGACAUGACUUCCAGUUUCCUCAACAAGUGUGAGAGUAGUUAAGCCCAUUAACCUGACUGCUUUAAUGUUUACCUGACACUUUUGCAAAUCAGUUUGGAAGACUUCAUCCAUAUGUACCAGAAUAACCUUGUAACUAAUGGAGAACCACUCCUUUUUCACUUCAGUGCUUCCCAGCCUUUUUCAUAUCAUGGCAUGUAGAAAAUGAUAACAUCUGAUGAUGUACUUGGGUAAGUGGAUGAGGCCAUUCACAGCUGGCCAGAGAUGCAGCCACGCCAAGUGCCACAGCCUUCCCAAGGGCUGACGAGAAUUGAUAUCUUAGAACACUUAUAAUUCAUUCGCAGCAUGCCAGCUGGAAAACUCUUUGGAAACUGUAAACUUUUACAAAAGAAGAUCACUCCAAAUUAAUAGCAAUAUUACUGAAGUAGAACUUGGACCUGACAGUUGUUAGAAUUUUAGCUGAAAAAUAAAAGUUGUUGAAAAAAUUACUUCCUUACUGCUCUGGCACUUAGGAAUAUUACCUGAUAAGAAAGAAGUAGGGCUUAGAGCUGGGAAGAGUAUAACUAACAAUAAGACACUUAGUAAAUUCCUGAUGGGAACUCAGGCAGACAUAUUUGUUUCUCCAUGGGUUUAAUUUAAGAUCACCAGUCUCUCUACAAGAUUGCUUUUUCUGUAAUCCUUAUAUGACAUCUCAGUGCAAUCUUACUUCGGAUAUGUUAUUAGGAGUCUUGGUGAUAUUAAGCAACUCUUCAGUCUUUGGGUUGCUUUAGCAAAAUAACCAAAUAAUGGAAGAGGUUCCAAAUCACACAGGCCUAAACAUGAAUAUCUCUCUAUCUGUUCAAAAUUAACUCUGGCUAAUGACUACAAUAUGACUCAAGAAGAUAUAUACCCACUUUAAGAGAGAGGUUUAGUAAUUUUGCCAGACACAUUAAUUGUAAUCACUGAUGUGGUGACUUCUGCAUUGGACUUCUUUAUAAAAAAUCUGUGUGAUGAUUGACUGUUUUGUAGCCCAGUUUUCUCAUUUAUUAAGUCAGUGACAUUAGAUGGCUACUAUAGUUUAAAAAAUUCUCUAAAAGUGUACUUUACUUACUAGGUUAUCUCAGAAAGUUCUAUGUAAAUUGAAUAUAUAUAGAGAGAGAGAGAGAGAGAGAGAGAACAAUUUCAAGUUCAUCAAAAAACAGUGAAAGACCUUUUUUUUUUUUCUUAGAUUCCAUAUAUAUGUGUUAGCAUAUGGUAUUUGUUUUUUUCUUUCUGACUUACUUCACUCUGUAGGACAGACUCUAGGUCCAUCCACCUCACUACAAAUAACUCAAUUUUGUUUCUUUUUAUGGCUGAGUAAUAUUCCAUUGUAUAUAUGUGCCACAUCUUCUUUAUCCAUUCAUCUGUUGAUGGACACUUAAGGGUAAGACAGGAAUAAAGACACAGACCUACUAGAGAAUGGACUUGAGGAUAUGGGGAGGGGGAAGGGUAAGCUGUGACAAAGUGAAAGAGUGGCAUGGACACAUAUACACUACCAAAUGUAAAAUAGAUAGCUAGUGGGAAGCAGCCGCACAGCACAGGGAGAUCAGCUCAGUGGUUUGUGACCACCUAGAGGGGUGGGAUAGGGAGGG